AUGGGCUCACCCCCAGUGUGGACGACACCAGCUCUGAAGAGGAACCCGAGAAGGAUAACACCCCCGAACGCAUUGCACAUAAGCAAGUAA